AUGGUGCACUUUCCAAAGGUCCAUAAUGUGUACUUUUUGGCUUCUAUCGCCACGGUUGGUGGAAUGCUGUUUGGUUUCGAUAUUUCAUCUAUGUCGGCCAUUAUCGGCACCAGCCAGUACAUAAACUACUUUGACAAUCCUCAGGGUGUCGUACAAGGAGGUAUUGGUUCUGCCUUAGCUGGUGGUUCGGUUAUUGGUGCCAUCAUGGCCGGUCCAAUAUCCAACAAAUACGGUCGUCGGGACUCUUUAUUCUUUGCUUGUCUCUGGUGGCUACUUGGAACAGCUCUUCAAACUUCCUGUAAUGGAAUUCCCAUGUUGAUUUGUGGUCGUUUCAUCAACGGUAUUUGUGUGGGUAUUACCUCCUCACAAGCACCGGUAUACCUCGCCGAAAUUGCCAAGAAAGAAAGUAGAGGAUCCAUUAUCGUUAUUCAACAAUGGUCUAUCGAAUGGGGUAUUUUCCUUAUGUACUUUGUGGGAUACGGUUGCAGUUUUAUCAAAUCCACUCCAACAGCAUCAUUCCGUACCGCAUGGGCCAUACAAUUUGUUCCCUGCAUUAUCCUCAUGAUGGGUAUCCCAUUCCUUCCUCGAUCACCUCGCUGGCUCGCAAAAGUUGGCCGCGAAAGAGAGGCCAUCGCUAUUCUCGCAGAUAUCCAAGCAGGCGGCGAUGUCAACGAUCCGCUAGUAAUUGCCGAAUGGGAAGAAAUCACCACUAUUCUUGCAGCCGAGCGUGAAGGUCAAAAGGGGUGGAGACGAUUCUUCAAAAAUGGCAUGUGGAAACGUACUUUAGCAGGGACAUCCGUUCAAGCUUGGCAACAAUUGAGUGGUGCAAAUGUUAUGACCUAUUACGUGGUAUAUAUCUUUGAAAUGGCUAGUUUGACGGGAAACAUUGGACUUGUUUCUUCCGGAAUUCAAUACGCGAUCUUUAUAAUAGGUACUGCAGCUACCUUUUUCUUCAUCGAUAAAACUGGUCGAAGACCAUUACUCAUCUUUGGCGCACUAGGCAUGGGCAUAUGCAUGUUCAUAGUUGGUGGCAUCCUCGGCUCCUACGGAACCUACCUCCCAGACGGCCUAAACGGCAAUCUCAGCGUACGAGUCCAAGUAUCCGGCUCCCCAGCCUACACCGUCAUCGCCUUCUGCUACAUCCUAGUACUCAUCUACUCUGUAACCCUCGCACCCAUCGCCUGGGUCUACGCAGCCGAGAUUUGGUCCCUCGAAACGCGCGCGACAGGAAUGGCCCUCGCAUCCGUCGCAAACUGGCUCUUCAAUUUCGCAAUCGGUUUAUUCAUCCCCUCUGCCUUUCAAAACAUUAGCUGGAAAUUAUUUAUUCUGUUUGGAGCGCUGUGUAUGGCUGCGGCUGUGCAGGCAUUCUUUACGUAUCCUGAGACGGCGGGUAAGACGUUAGAGGAAAUUGAAGUACUUUUUGCAAAGGGCGGUCCGAAACCUUGGACCACGAGGCCUGGGGGUAGUUUGUUGGAUGAGAGGGUUAGGGAUGUGGUUGCAUUUGAGGAGAAGGAUGGGGUGGGUAUUGGGGGUGUGCAGGAGGAGAGGGUGGAGUAUAUGAAUGGCGAUAGGGAUGGGAAGGAGAGGGGAGGGAGUGCGGUUUAA